GUUAUUUCGAAGCAAGCUACCAUCAAUAUUGGAACCAUCGGCCACGUAGCCCACGGUAAAUCGACUGUCGUGAAGGCCAUUUCCACUGUCCAGACUGUCCGCUUCAAGAACGAGCUUGAACGCAACAUCACCAUUAAAUUAGAUUAACAUGGAGAAAGGCAAGGCGAGUAGGGAUUGCGACACCGAGAACGCGUUGGGGCCGGACGAACCGAUGGCCGACAAGUCGGAUCAGCAAGAAGUGCGCCAGCAAAUGAUUGAUGGACGCAUACAGUGCACCGUUUCGACCACUGAAAGUGACAAGAUGAGCCAAGAGAGUGGCCCCAGCAACGGCGAACCAGGCAGGAAGAGGAAUCUCUCGACCUCUUCCUCCGGCAAUAGCGUUUCCUCCAAGAAGCGAAAGAGGAAGAGGAUGGGUGCAAAGCAGAAAGAAAGAAAGGCCCGCAACCCCUUUUACUCGAUCGACGCGAGGGACACGGAGACGCGGGAGGUGCCGGCCAACGCGGAGAAACCAGACCUGACGGUGGGGCUGACCGUUUUAAAUGAGUACGAGGUUGAGAGCAUUGAGGACCGCAUGGUCUUCGAAGACGAGUUCCACUACCUGGUCAAGUGGAAAGGCUGGGCGCCUGAACACAACUCGUGGGAGCCCAAGUCUGGCCUCAAGAACGCUCGGCUUUUGAUCAGAAAGUUCGAGAAAAAGUACCCUGAGUUGCUGCAGGCGCGCUUUCUCCGCAUCUCGGAGCAACUGCCCGUCCUGGAGCCGUUGGGGGGCAAGGCGACCUUGUACGAGUGUGAGGUGGUGGCCGGCAUGACCAUUGCAGACUACAACACCAUCUUCAAGCUGCCGAAGCAUGAGGAGCCGUUGCCCAACCCCAAACUGCUCAAGUCGCACAUCUUCAAGGUUCUGCAGGAUCAGGGCAACGACAACCUCUUGGCCAUGAUCAAGCGAAUGGUGCUGAAGCGCGAACAGGUUCGCAUCCAGUUCGAGCAGCAAGCUUUCAUGAAGAAUUUCAUCAAGAAAUUGAACGAAGUUAGCGGCAACGAACUUCUCUCCAUCGAGAACAACGUCGACCUCGGCUUCCCUCCACUCAGCUUUCAGCCCAUUAGCAAGAAUGUUGCGCACGAGGAAAUUGUGAUCCCAGAGGAUCCUCCGGUCGGCUGUGAGUGCGACACGUGCGAUAACAAGGCUCAGUGCUGUCCACAGCUGGCAGACGUCAAUUUCGCCUACAACAGCAGGGGUUUGCUUGAGAUAAACUAUGGCAAUCCUAUCUUUGAGUGCAACAAGGCUUGCAAGUGUCCCGACAGCUGCAUCAACCGGGUCGUGCAGAAGGGCAGCCAGCUCAAGCUAAAAAUAUUCAAGACAGAAGACAAGGGCUGGGGAGUGCAGGCCCGCGAGUACAUUCCACAGGGAACUUUUGUUUGCGAGUACGUCGGCGAAAUGAUCGCAAGGUGGGUUGUGCAUCAGCGCACGCGCGACGAGUACAAGGGCAAGUCGAACUACAUCUUUGACCUCGACUUCAAUCCGACCACUGAACAAGAGCGAUUUGACUCGGAAGGCUACGAGAUCCUUCCUUACUCUGUUGACGCCACCGUCAGGGGCAACGUCUCGCACUUCAUCAACCACUCGUGCGAGCCAAACCUCGGGGUCUACGGGGUUUUCGUAGACUGCCUGGAUCCUCAUAUGCCGCGCCUGGGCAUGUUUGCCAUCAGGGACAUUCAGUGCGGCGAUGAGAUCUUCUUUGACUACACAGCGCAGUACCUGCUGAAGCGCCGCAAAAAGGGCCCCAAGUCCAAGCGGAGUGUCAACAGCGCGUUCGCCUGCAAGUGCGGAAGCAGCGUAUGCCGCUCUGUGGAAUUUUAAUAAUUGAUUUGUAUGACAUUCCGGGCAGCACUCUUUCGUUCAAUUUAGUUUGGCUUGCGUCACAGGGUCAUUUCAAGCUGCCAUUACGGACAAGACCCGUUUUUCUCACUCCGGCUCCCUUUAGAGUCCAAAAUCUGCUGUUUUGUGAACCGAUCUUGUCACAACACCAACGACUGGAGCACAGUAUUGAGUUUGGUGAAGAACUUAAUUUAAAAAUUAUUAUUUGAUAUAUUUUCACAUCGGCUUUUGCUUUUGCCGGUACGGCAGUCAAAUUUACCGCGCCCACGGUCAAUACAAUAAUAGUUUGUUAAAAUAACAAUCUCUGAUAUAAAGAAUGCAUUUGCUUUCCGUACAAAAAUUCGGAAGGGUAUACCAAAAAUACCAAAACCUGUCGAUUUAAAGGUAUCACCUCUGAAAUGAAUGUUAAAUUCAACUAAUAAAGACUAGUUUUGUAACUA